CGGCCUGCCCACCAUUUUGUGGUGGGAUCACAGCGCACCGCGCGCCCGCCUCUCCCCGCUCCGCCAUGACGGAGACGCAGCCAGCGGCCGGGCCGGCGGAAUCCGCGCCUCUGAACGCAGCCCCCGCGGCAGCCCCGGGCUCGGAGCCUGAGACCCGGCGGCUGAGCGAGCUGCGCGUGAUCGACCUGCGGGCCGAGCUCAAGCGCCGCAACCUGGACACCGGCGGCAACAAGAGCGUCCUCAUGGAGCGGCUCCGCAAGGCCAUUGAAGAGGAAGGAGGAGAGCCUGAUGAAAUUCCAGUGGCUUCAGAAAUGACGAACAAGAGAACUCCAAAGAGAACUAACAAAGGGCGAAAGCCAGAAGACGAAGGUGUUGAAGACAACGGACUUGAGGAAAACUCAAGAGAUGGACAGGAGGAUAUUGAAGCGAGCUUGGAUAACUUGCAGGAUAUUGACAUGAUGGAUAUUAGUGUGUUAGAUGAAGCUGAAAUAGAUAAUGGCAGCGCUGUAGAUUGCGGAGAGGAUUAUAGUGCUGAUAAUAUUCUUGACUCACUCUCUGAUAGUAAAGACAAUACUGAUGCAGAAAUGAAAGAACUUCCAGAUCAGCUAACUGAUCAGCUAGAAAAUGAGGAAGAUGUUGAGGAUAUUGGAACCAGCUUAGAUGCUGUUUCAUCUGACUUGAGUGAAAUGAAGAAAAUGGAGGAACCAUGCUUGGAGCCAGAAAAUGAGAAAAUACUCGACAUUUUGGGGGAAACUUGUAAAUCUGAGCCACUUAACGAAGACAAUUCCGAAGUGGAGCAGCCAUUUGCACAGGAAGGAAGUAACGUGGUGCCAGGCAGAAAGCUAGCGGAGGAAGAGGACGCUCUUGCUGCCGCUGAGUCGGAGGAAGAGGCCUUAGCUUUGGACAGCAAAUCGGCCCCAGCGGUGGCAAGGAAGGAGGCAAAGCGUUUAGUUGUAGCGAAAGGGGAGACAAGUGAACAGACAAUAGAGGAAGAGAAACCGGAGGACUCUGAAUGUUUAGGAGUAGACCCCGUAAGCGAUCAGAGUAGCAAAGCCUCCCAAGGCCCGGAAGCCUCUAGUGGGGAAACAGCGGAUACAGGCGCGGGUGCCGAAACCAAAGAUAGUAAAGAAGAUGCCAAGAAACCCGAAGACAAAGCUAAUGCUGAAGACUCAUCCGCUACUAAAGAGUCCUCUACCAAUGAGGGCGGUGAUCAGAAAAAGAGCUCAGUUGAGGAGGACAGAGAUACAAAGGCAGUGUCAAAAGAUGAAAAAGGUCGCACUACUAGCAGCUCUGGUAGAAACUUUUGGGUGAGUGGACUUGCUUCCACCACCAGAGCUACAGAUUUGAAGAAUCUUUUUAGCAAAUAUGGAAAGGUGGUUGGUGCGAAGGUGGUGACCAAUGCUCGAAGCCCUGGUGCUCGCUGCUAUGGUUUUGUUACAAUGUCUACAGCUGAGGAGGCAACAAAAUGUAUUACUCACCUCCACAAAACAGAGUUACAUGGGAAAAUAAUCUCUGUAGAAAAAGCAAAAAAUGAACCUGCUGGGAAAAAGCCAGCCGAAAAAAAAGAGAGCGAAGUGAAGAAGGAAACAGGAGUUAGCGAAAGGUCUGGUAGUGUUAAAAAAGAUGAGAAGUCUGACCAAAAAGAUGAUGCUAAGAAAACAGAAGAGAAAGAUGGAAAAGAUGAAAAAGAAAGAAAAGAUAAAGAUGAUCUGAAAUUGGGGUCUUCAGACCAACCUAAGGCUACCAAAACCGGAAGUAAAGGAACUGAGAGGACUGUCGUAAUGGAUAAAUCCAAAGGAGAACCUGUUAUAAGUGUGAAAACUUCAACUUCAUCAAAAGAAAGAAGCAUUAAGAGUCAGGACCGCAAAUCAGAAAGCAGAGAAAGGCAAAGUAUUGUGCCAUUCGACAAAAUUAAAGCACAGCGGAAAAUGAGAGAAGCAGAACAACGCCGCACCCGUGAGCGUCGGGAGAGACAGCAACACCUGCAAGCCCUCCGGGAACGGGAGGAGAGAGAGAGGCUUGAGAUUGCUCGCGAGAGACUAGAAAUUGAAAGGCAGCGUCUUGAAAGAGAGCGGAUGGAAAGAGAGCGCCUGGAGAGAGAGCGAAUGCACAUUGAACAUGAGAGGAGAAGAGAACAAGAUCGCAUCCAGCGAGAGCGAGAAGAGCUGCGACGUCAGCAUGAGCAGCUACGCUAUGAGCAGGAACGUCGAUCUGCGAUGAGGCGACCAUACGACAUCGAUGGAAGGCGGGAUGAUCCUUACUGGCCAGAGGCAAAGCGAAUGGCAAUGAAUGAUAGAUACCACUCUGACUUCAGCCGCCAAGAUCGUUUCCAUGACUUUGACCACAGGGAUCGUGGCCGUUACCAAGACCAUUCUAUAGACAGGAGAGAAGGAUCCAGAACAAUGAUGGGAGAGAGAGAUGGACAGCAUUAUCCGGAUGAGCGGCACGGAGGACCAGACCGCCAUUCACGGGACUCACGGGACAGCUGGGGCAGCUACGGGUCUGACAGAAGAAUGAGUGAAGGGAGAGGGAUGCCCCCGCAGUCCCGAGAUGGACGUGACUGGGGAGAUCACGGUCGCAAGUUUGAGGGACAUCAAGAUCGUUCGUGGCAGGGCAGCGUAGAUGGAGGAAUGAUGGGGCGGGAUCAUGAGAGAUGGCAAGGUGGUGGCGGUAGAGGCAGACCUGGCCAUGUGAUGCAUCGGGGAGGCAUGUCGGGGCGUGGCAGUUUCAUUUAAAGUGGCAACCAAGGCCAGAUGACGCAUGGAGAAGGAAUGCAAGAGGAAGGAUUUGCCAGCGAGGAGAGAGCAAACAGACCCGACAGAUCCCAUUUCAGCCGUCACUACUGAAUGUGUUUUCAUUUUUUUUUUAAUGUGAGAUGGCAACAGAGGUGAAUUCUAUUACCCAUGGUUACCAUUACCUGUAACUUGUGGGUUACCAUAAGUGUAAUUUUUUUAAGCUGCUGCCAUAUUAUAUAGCUCAAUACAAUGUGAACUCAUUUGUUUUUGUAAUGUGUUGUUCAUACCCCAUUUAAAAUAUGUUUGUUAAUGAAGCAUUCCAUUUUCCAUAAAUAAAAUCAGUUUACAGUUA